CACACACAGAGUGACUGCCCGUGCUCUCAGCUCAGAGCCUCUUAAAGCUUUUUUUUUUUUCUUGCUGGAGAUCAGAGAGUGAUGACAACACACAGCUGCCUUCGCUGAAGCCAGAAGGAGAGGGGAGCAGAGGGAGGGGAGAAGAAGAGGAGGAGGAGAUCGGAGGAGCGAGGACGAGCAGGGGGGAAAACAGAACCAGCGGCAGCCUCUUAACUUCAGCCUGGUCGCUCCUCUGCAGUCAUUCGCGAGCAGGGAGUGAUUGUGCUGUAGUUCAGGACUUUUCCGUGUCGGAGGGAGGGGGCCGAAAAAAGGAGGAAAGGCACAGGGGUUGGAGUUCACAUCACAUGCUCUGACUGAAUGGGUUACCAUGGCGACGCACCCAGGGAGCCCGACCCGUGCAGAGUGAAUGGAGGGAGCGCCUUGGACGCCAAGCGAAGGAUAAACUAACCGAGGGGAGUCACCGGAGAGAGAGAGAGCAAGCGAGCGAGCGAGAGAGAGAGAGAGAGAGAGAGAGAGAGAGAGGAGCAGCGAAGGAGCGGUGGACACCAGAGGGAGCGCAGAGGAGCGGAGCAGGGAUUGAGAAUGGAGGACGGCUUUUCCAGCUACAGCAGCUUGUAUGACACCUCAUCACUGCUACAGUUCUGCAACGAUGACAGCGCGUCGGCCGCCAGCAGCAUGGAGGUGACCGACCGCAUCGCCUCCCUGGAGCAGAGGGUCCAGAUGCAGGAGGACGAGAUCCAGCUGCUGAAGUCCGCUCUGGCCGACGUGGUCCGCAGGCUCAACCAGUCGGAGGAGCAGCAGGCCUUGGGCUCGCGCAGGGGCCCCACCAAAGACCCUGCUCUGAUGAGAAAGUCUCCCUCAGCAGACAGCGCUGUUGGGAAGCCAGCCAGGCCAAUGAUCGCCACGCUGCCGCUGCGGCCCACAGUGAACAACGGGACCAUCCUCCCAAAGAAAGGCAGUGGGACCCUGCCCUCCCCGUCCGGACCCGGGUCCAAGAAGGACGGCAGUACGGCCGCCAAGAGUCUGUCCAGUUUGUCCUCUCUGUCUCGCUCCACCAGAAUUCUCCAUCUGCCCCUGAGCACCGUGAGGAGAACCAACUCAAACGAACACGUGGGAACGCUGACGCGGAGGGACUCGGGCGACUCCAAGGGCAACCGGACGCGGGCCGGAUCCACGGGCAGCAACUCCAGCGGCAAGCGCAGCGAGAGCAAACAGAGGGACCCGGUGUUCAACGCAGGGAUGCGCCGCGUGACCCACUGCAAAGAGGAAGGUUAUGUGAAAAUGUACUUGAAGGGUCGUCCCAUCACCAUGUUCAUGCCCAAAGACCAGGUGGACAGCUACUGCCUGGAGGCCAGAGCCGAGCUGCCCGGCAACAAACUCAAGCUGGACUGGGUCUACGGUUACCGCGGUCGCGACUGCCGCUCCAACCUUUACCUGCUGCCCACGGGGGAGACCGUGUACUUCAUCGCCUCGGUCGUGGUCCUGUUCAACGUGGACGAGCGGCUGCAGAGACACUACACGGGCCACACGGACGACAUCAAGUGUCUGGCUGUCCACCCUGAUAAAAUCACCAUAGCAACGGGGCAGGUGGCGGGAACCUCUUCAGACGGAAAACAGCUGGCGCCUCAUGUCCGCGUGUGGGACUCCGUCAGCCUCAACACGCUCCACGUCCUGGGCGCGGGCUUCCUGGACCGGGCCUCGGUCUGCCUGGCCUUCUCCAAGUCGAACGGCGGGAACACGCUGUGCGUGGUGGACGACUCCAACGACCACGUCCUCUCCGUGUGGGACUGGCAGAGAGAGGACCGGCUGGCGGAGGUCAAGUGCUCCAACGAGUCGGUGUUUGCUGUGGACUUCCACCCGACCGACAGCAGCGUGGUGGUGACCUGUGGCAAAUCCCAUCUGUGCUUCUGGCACCUGGAGAAAGGCACGCUGGUCAAGAAGCAGGGGCUGUUCGAGAAACAAGAGAAGCCCAAGUUUGUGUUGUGCGUGACCUUUGCAGAAAACGGUGACACUAUAACUGGAGACUCGAGCGGAAACAUCCUGAUUUGGGGAAAAGGCACCAAUCGCAUCAGCCACGCCAUCCAGGGGGCUCACGAGGGCAGCGUCUUCGCCCUGUGCACGCUGAGGAACGGCGCGCUGGUGUCGGGGGGCAAAGACCGCAGGCUGGUGUCCUGGGACGGCAGCUACCAGCACCUGCAAACGGUGGAGGUGCCUGAGCUGUUUGGGCCCAUCCGGACUAUAGCGGAGGGACGAGGGGACACCGUGCUCAUCGGAACCACCAAGAACUUUGUUCUGCGGGGCAGCUUGGAUGGAGAGUUUGUGCCCAUUACACAGGGCCACACCGACGAGCUGUGGGGUCUGGCUGUCCACCCGUGGAAGUCCCAGUUCCUCACCUGUGGCUACGACAGGCAGGUCAGCCUGUGGGACUCCAGUUCCCAUCAGCUCAUCUGGACCAAGACUAUGGAGGAUGCUGCCCAGUCGGCAGGCUUCCAUCCCACUGGAGCUGUGGUUGCCAUAGGAACCCAGACUGGCAGGUGGUUGGUGCUGGACACUGACUCCAAGGAUUUAGUCACAGUGCACACAGAUGGGAACGAACAGCUGUCGGUUAUGCGCUACGGGCCAGACGGUAACUUCCUUGCCAUCGGUUCCCAUGACAACUACAUCUACGUCUACGCUGUGACGGAAAAUGGGAGGAAGUACAGUCGAGUGGGGAAGUGCUCGGGCCACUCGAGCUUCAUCACCCACCUGGACUGGUCGGUGGACUCCCAGUAUCUGGUGUCCAAUUCUGGGGACUAUGAGAUACUGUACUGGAUCCCAUCGGUGUGUAAGCAGGUGGUCAGUGUGGAGACCACCAGAGAUAUUGAGUGGGCUACUUACACUUGCGCUCUGGGUUUUCAGGUGUUUGGACUGUGGCCGGACGGCUCCGACGGCACCGACAUCAACGCCGUCUACCAGUCCAACGACAAGCGACUCCUGGUGACGGGAGACGACUUCGGCAAAGUCCACCUCUUCUCGUACCCCUGUUCACAGUUCAGAGCUCCCAGCCACGUGUACGGCGGCCACAGCAGCCACGUGACCAACGUCGCCUUCCUGUACGACGACAGCUACCUGGUGUCCACGGGAGGGAAGGACGCCAGCGUGAUGCAGUGGAGGAUAGUCUGAGGCAGCAGACGGAAGCGGCUUCUGGAGCCGCAUUGAACUGAACCAAACUGAGAUGAACGUAGACACUGAAGAACGAACAGAGGAGGAACAGGCAUCCGCACGUUUCCUUCCUGAUCUGGUCUCUGAUCCCAAAUCAGGUGAACUGGUGGAGGUUUAAUAAUCGGUGGAUGAAAUACAAACAUAUAUGAAUACGUCUCCUUUUUUCUUUACACUAUAUGUUAGAAAUCACGUAAAAUGAAUCAAACUAAAACUAAACAGAACCAAAGGCUCUGACUUUAUGAUUGCAUUUGAAAUUUGGCUUCCACUGUUCUUGUAUUGUUCACACUCCUGUCAGAGGUUUGAUUUCAAAGAUGGAGAUGUUAAAGCACUAAAACAAAAAGUGUGUAUAGAAAGAAAAAUUAUGAUUUUAUAAUACUUUUUAUUUUGUUUUAUAUUUAAUAACUCAGGAAAGCACUAGUGAGACGGUCCCUUGCCUGUUAGUACAAUUGACAUAUCAGUGAGUCUCUGAACCUGAAGGCAUCUCACUAAAAUCCACCAUGGUAAAGAUCACUGAUUCACCUGCACUGACUGUAGUAAAGGACAGUUAUCUGGAUUAAAAAUGCAACAGUGAAAAAUUAUAAUUUUAUCUUUUAGCAACAUAAUCUGAACAUUCACAUACAAAGUGUUAGUGCUUCACCUGCAUCUGUCACUGCCUACUUCUAAUUUAUUCCGUUUUUUCCUAUAAUGAAAUUUUGCUUAGUCCGAGAUCUAAACACUCUUAGAUGCUUGAAAAAUGCAAUGCACAUUGUGGGUGAAUAUGAUGUACAGUAUUUAAACCUGUUUCUAGUUUGUGGGUGGGUUGAGGUACAAGGUCUGGGUUUUCCAAUGUGAAGCUUUUUUUAACAAGAGGAGACCAUUUCACUGUAACUGCCUGAUGUGCUCCUCGGACGUGUCAGGUUUUACAAUGCACUACGUCGGUCUGAUGAACCUACAGCUGAUGAGCACUACUUAGAGUUCAUGGGAGGUUUUUUUUGUUUUAUUUUGUUUUUAUAUAAACCAGUUUUUCUCUCAUCGCGUGUGAUGUCACGCUCGUUCACAACGUGCGUGAAGACGCAGCCUCUUUGAGCAGCUGAAGCAGAUUGAAGUGUGACGGGACGCGUUAAAUCUAACAUCACCUCCGCAGAGUAAAUGUAACAGCACUUGCUUUAACUCAACGUGGGGCCGCGGAAAACCUCUGAUCACUGUCUGCAAGUAAAUGCAACAUGAAAGUC